AUGACUUCGCGCUUCGUCUCCAGCGGCACCAUCGCAGGCGACGGUGAGGCUGCCGAGGCGCCUCCCGCCGUGCCGCCGCUGAAAGCGCAGACCGCACAGUGGGACAAGGAAGCCCCCAAGAAGAACACAGAAUGGGAGGCGGUGCAGAAAGAGCUCGAGGCCCAGCGGCAGCAGCGCGAACAGGCGCGCAAAGCCAACGUCGAGGGCGGCGGGGAACAGAGUCUGCACGACAUCCUGCAGGCGAACAAAGCGGCCAAGCAAGCAGCCUUCGAAGAGCAAAACCGCAUCCGCAACCAGUUCCGCGCCCUAGACGACGAUGAAGUCGACUACUUGGACAGCAUAAAGGACGCGCGGAAGAUGGAGGAGGAUCGCGUCAAGCGGGAGACGGAGGAGCGGCUUGCGAGCUUCCGUAAGGCCCAGAAGACGCCUGCUGGUGGCGGCGGUGGUACUAAUGAUGACGGGGCUGCGGUUGAUGAGGCGGACGAGACGGUGGUUACGUGGGCCGCGGCUGGGAGGAAGCGCAAGAGGGAGAGGGAGGCGAAGGGUGUUGUGAAGGGCGUGAAGAGAAGGGCCAGUGACGGCGGAAAGGAGGCGAAGGCGGGUGUUGCUGCUGAUGUUCAGGAGAAACCGAGCACGGCGACAGCUCCACCGAACGUCUCUGAGGCGAAGUCAUCCGAAUUGCACGAACCGACUGCGUUGGCCUCGGCACCGGCACCGGCAACGGCACAGGCGAAGCCAAAGCUGGGUCUUGUUGACUACGGAUCCGACGAGGACGAUGAUGACUGA